CCUCCGUGCUGCAAAGCAGGAGGCCCGGAUCCGCAGGAGGAAGAGGAGAUCCCUGGGUCCAGGCGGUGGCUCGGUCGAUGCGAGGUGAUGGCGAGCCGAUGAGUGUGGGCGGUCAAGACUGCGGUCGCAGCUUUGGUGGUUGCGCACAUGUCAGUGAUUGCAUCUGAUGUCACACACCGAGGUUCAAACAAGAGAAGAAGUACUAUCUUGCCUGCCUGAAAUUAAUAGGAGCUCAGCCUGAAUGUUGGAUGUUCUUGAAGAAAUACCUGGAAUGUAGGAUGGAGAGCGACAUCAUGGCUGUUGGCGGCAGAAUGAUGGAGAAGGAGCGGGAGAAGCAGGAGAUGCUCGGCCGCGCUAGCGCCAGUGAGAUCUUCCAGUGUGCGCCGACGGACAAGCCGGCAUUCACGCUGGCCCAGAUCAAGAGGGCAAUCCUGCCUCACUGCUUGCAGUGCUCGAUGAUCAGGUCCUUCUCCUAUGUGGUCUAUGACCUUGUCAUCAUCGCGUCCCUCCUAUACGCCGCGUUGGUCUGGAUCCCAGCACUCCCGAGCAUGCAACAGCUGGGCGCCUGUCCGCUCUACUGGGUCGUGUAGGGCUGCGUCAUGAACGGCAUCUGGGUGAUCGCCCACGAGUGCGGCCACCACGCCUUCUCCGACUACUUGCUGCUCGACAACAUGGUCAGAAGCUCAUUAUCGUCUUGUCUAGCAUUGCUAUUAUUCCGA